AUGGCAAUGAGUUCUAGCCACUUAGACGCAACUUCGAAGGAAACAUUCCGGAGGAGCCCUUUCAAAUUCGCUACUACAAAGGUUCCUCAUGCUGGCCUAGCCGACAGUAUAAAAGAACAAGUGUCUGAAGACGAAGGUCCAAGUGAUCCCUUCAAUAUCCAAAUUCCGUUCAUCGAAUCAGCUCUUCCCGCAUCUCGGCUUCGUAGAAAGAUUACGAAUGUAUAUUAUGAGUAUAUACAAUUAAGUGAAGGAAUAAGCCAAGGUCGUCUAGAUGUCGUGAAGGACUUCUUGAACCGUCGUCCGGACGCAGUGGGCGAAUGGAUAAACCUUUACGAGACGCCAUUGUUUAAGGCUUGCGCAUGUGGGAAAACAGAGAUUGUUAAAGAGCUAUUGAGUCGUAUGACACCUGAACAAAUACUUCCCAAGAUGAGCCAAAACGCUUCGUACCACACGCCUCUCACUGUCGUUGCGGUUAGUGGAAACAUGGAGAUUGCUGAAGCCUUAGUAGCUAAGAACCCUAAGCUUCUAGAGAUACCUGGAAUCAAUGGGCAGAUUCCGGUUGUGGUUGCGGUUGAGAACACACAUAUGGAGAUGUCUCGCUAUCUUUACACCAAAACUCCAGUUCGGGUGUUACUUGAAGAAGAUGCGUAUCACGGUUCUCUGCUCUUCCUCAAUGCCAUCUACUAUAAUAUGCUCGACAUCGCGUUGGAUCUGUUCAACAUGAGCAGACUCUUAGCCGUCACAAAACACUCUCAAAUCGAGUCUAUUCCCAUCAUCGUCUUGGCUUCAAAACCAGAUCUUUUCCUCGGUGGCUGCUAUCUGGGACCAUUAUCACGUUUCAUCUACUCUUGGUUACAGGUAAAGCUGUCAACUCUGUCACAGCCUUCUCGUUCAAACAGAGAUAAUCAGAAUACUCUGAUAGGGAAACUGCUCAGAGGUCUUUCAAAAUGGACUGGAAUAGAUGUAGUGUACCGACUUAAGGUCAUGCAUCUACAAGCCAGUAAGCUUUUACUGGGAAUGUCAGAAGAAACAUUGGCCUUGGGGAUGAAGGAACGUUCUGAGACAGUGAAUAACGCUUUACUCUUUGCAGUAAGAUACGGGAAUGUAGAUUUCUUGGUGGAGAUGAUCAAGAACAACUCCGAGCUUCUAUGGUCCACAAGAACAAUCUCGAACGCUACUAUGUUUCUCUUGGCCGUAGAGUACAGACAAGAGAAGGUGUUUAGUCUCCUCUACGGUCUGGACGAUAGGAAGCACCUUUUACUCGGCGACUUGGACGCUGAAGGCAAUAGUGUGUUUCAUCUCGCAGGAUAUCUUUCUAAUACUUCCAAGCUCUCUACCAUCGUUGGCGCAACUUUGCAGAUGCAACGCGAGUUACAAUGGUUCAGGGAAGUGGAAAGUAUCAUACCGGAGAAGGAGAAGGAGAGACUGAACUUUGAGGACAAAACACCGUUGGAUAUAUUCACAGAAGAGCACGAAGCAUUGCGACAACAAGCCGAGAAAUGGAUGAAAGAUACGGCCAUGUCUUGCAGCUUAGUGGCGGCUCUCAUCGUCACGGUCACUUUCGCGGCAGUCUUCACUGUCCCUGGAGGCAUCGACGACAAUGCACGUGGUAGACCGUUUCAACUACAUAAACGGCAGUUCAUCAUAUUCGUCGUCUCCGAUUUGAUCUCCUGCUUCGCCGCAUGCACGUCCGUCCUCAUCUUCCUCGGGAUACUCACAGCGAGAUACUCCUUUGAUGAUUUCUUGUUCUCUCUGCCUUCGAAAAUGAUAGCUGGACUUUCCAUACUGUUCGUCUCAAUCGCGGCGAUGCUUAUCGCAUUCUUGUCGGCGCUAUUCACUACCUUUGACAAGAAAUGGAUCGUUGCUCCGACGAUCCUUCUCGCGUGUUUACCAGUGCUGCUCUUCGUUAAGCUUCAGUAUCCUCUCCUCAAAGAGAUGAUCCUCUCAACUUACAAAGGAAUCUUCAACAGAAAUAUGAAAUGUUGGUUGUAA